UACUUACCUGUCUUAAAUCUGUUUGAUCAGGGUCGACUUGGAGUUACUCAAGAACAACAACAACCUAUGGCUAACAAGUAAUAACAUAGUUAUGUUAAUGGAUUGGUAACCUAUUUUAGAGAAACUGAAUACUUGUUAUAGCAUUAACUGCAAUACUUACUGAAGCCAAGUGUUCACACAAUAGUUAAAAGAAGCAGACUACUAUAUAUAGAGAGCAAUCUCGUUAAAAUGCCAUUUAAUGGUAUGAUUUCUAACUGUAUGCAGUAGAUUUAAACAACCCUUAUCUUUAAGAUUUCUGGGGAGCUGAGAGGAAUAUAUUUCAAGCUUUAAUUACGAACACAUAACUGCAACAGCAACAUAGGGUUAUGGAUGUUUCUGCAUCAUAUGCUAUAGAAACUAUUAAUAUACAAAGUUUCUUGUUUGGAUUAGUCACCCUGUUGCUCGUACGAUGGUUUAUGACGCGAACAAAGCAUAACUACAAUUUACCUCCGGGUCCAACAUCAUUUCCAAUAAUUGGAAAUCUACCUCAGAUGAUCACAACCACAGAUCUUUGCUCGAAGAUGAAAGAUUUCCGAAAACAAUAUGGAGAUAUUUUCAAACUGAAACUUGGUUCUGACACUCUGGUGACUGUAUGCAAAACAGAAUGGAUUUUAGAAGGAUUGGUAAAGAAAGGAGAUGAACUGAAAGGAAGACCCUACUGGAUCUACAUGGCGGAGCUAUUAUCCCGAAAGCAAGGUAUUUUCUUUAACACUGGAAAAGAAUGGAAGGACUUGAAAAAGUUUAUUUACGCAACAUUCCGGGAUUUAGGAAUGGGUAAGAGAAAACUAGAAGACCAAAUAUAUUUGGAAACCCAGAGAUUAAGCAAAGUUUUUCAAUCUCACAAUGGCAAACCGUUUUCCUUAGGCGACCCGUUGGCAUACUUCUCGUUGAGUAUUGUAUAUGAUAUAAUAUUUGGUGAAAGGAUCAGAUUUGGUGAACUUGAGUUUCAGGAAAUUGUUGAAAACUUAAGAUUCUUCUUCAAGAAUAGUAGUGCAUUUAUACCAGAGAAUUUCUUUCCAUUCCUGAGAUUUUUCCGAUGGAAUUCUCCCAUUGAACAAAUUGUCAAGAACGACAAAAAGAUCCGAAGCUACAUAAAAAAGAAAAUCCGUGAACAUAAGGAAACCUACAAUGGUGACUACAUAAGAGAUUUUGUUGACGUAUACUUACUCACACUUGAGAAGGAACCAAACAAUGAAUCUUUAUCUGGUAGCUAUUUUGUGGAUAACUUCUCUUUUUCAUUAGAUGCUCAGCGGGGAAGGAACAAAUUUUAUGACUGUUCUAGAUUGAUCACAAAUCUGAACAGACCUGUCACAAUGGAAGACAAACGACACAUGACAUACGUUGCAGCAACUCUACUUGAGGUUCAGAGAAUUGCUCCAGUUGCUCCACUCACUGUUCCACAUGCCUCUGAGGUAGACACAACACUAGGAGGUUAUGAUAUUCCAAAAAAUACCGUUGUCCAAUUCAUGUUAAUGGCUGCUCAUUAUGAUCCGAAUUAUUGGGAUAAUCCAGAUGAAUUCCGACCUGAAAGAUGGAUUGGAGAAAAUAAUAAGUUAAAGAAAAAUGAGGCUUAUAUGCCUUUCUCUUUGGGUCCCAGAAUAUGUGCAGGAGUAUCACUAGUCAAUAUCGAAUCUUUCAUAGCUUUUUCAAACAUCUUACAAAAAUUUAAGUUGGAAAGUCCUGACGAAACACCAAUGACAAUGGAAGGCAGACAAUCAGGAAUUACUUAUGUUCCAGUGAAAAAUAAUAUCCGUGCAAUACCACUGUAAGAAACAUUUGUCUUGUAGGUUUGAGAGCAUCUCUUUAGAAUACACUGGGUAUACCGUAAAAAGUAUGCUACUUUGAAGCAGCCAAACACAAGAACACUCCAUUUAAGUCAAGAUUCCAUGAUGGUAUUAUAUUCACCUAGAAGAUACAUGGUAAUAUCUGUGUAAUAAUACCUACUCAUAUACUUCAUAAAAUUUAGAUGAUAGAACAGACAGAAUAACAGCGACAGCUAUGGUAAUAUUAAUGUCGGACUUUGUCAAUAAAGCUUUAAUAUUGUAUUAUU